AUGCUGCAGCUCCGCGAUCCGGAGGAGGGCGGCCCGGAGGACGAGGAGGCGGCGGGGGUGGGGGGGGCGGCGGCGCUGCUGGUGCCGGGGGGUCCCGAGCCGCCUUUCUCCGCCGCCCCCCCGCGGCAGAAGCUGCGCCCGCUGAACGUGAGAACCGCCAGCCGCGCCGGCCGCCUGAAGGAAUACUUCGUGUUCCGGCCCGGCACCAUCGAGCAGGCGGUCAGCGAGAUCCGCGCCGUCGUGAUGCCCACGGAGGACGGCGACGUGGAGAGCGUGUGGCUGCUGACCGAAAUCGACCACUGGAACAACGAGAAGGAGCGCCUCGUGCUCAUCACCGACCGGUCCCUUCUGAUCUGCAAAUACGACUUCGUGGGCCUGCAGUGCCAGCACGUCACCAGGAUUGCACUCAACGCCAUCGACACCAUCUCUGUAGGGGAGUUUGAGUUCCCACCUAAAUCUCUGAACAAGAGAGAAGGAGUUGGUAUCCGCAUCCAGUGGGACAAGAGGAGCCGUGCGUCCUUCAUCAACAGAUGGAACCCAUGGUCCACCAACGUCCCCUACGCCACCUUCACUGAGCACCCGAUGGCAGAUGCUGAUGAGAAGGUUGCAUCCCUCUGCCUGUUGGAAAACUUUAAAACUCAGCUCAUCCAGGCCGUGAAGAAAGCUCACAAGGAAUGGCCACUGCCAGGAAGGGCCAACGGGGUCCUGGUGCUGGAGCGGCCUCUUCUGAUUGAGACUUAUGUGGGAUUGAUGUCCUUCAUCAACAACGAGGCCAAGCUUGGCUACUCCAUGACAAGAGGCAAAAUUGGGUUAAAAUGCACAGCAUUUGGUCUUUUUAAAGGGAAAGCGAUUUUAUGUUAGGCUCCUGGGGAGAACUGCCUGGCAGAAUAUUUGGUAAGCAAAGCAAAGACAUUACAGGAAGGAAAGGGGGUGGGUGCAGAACCAGCAGUUCACAGGAGGCCCUGGUUGUUACAGAGAGGAGAAUGCAGGAUGCAGAGUGAGCUGAAGCAGACACACAGCGGUGUCAUGCCUGUAUUGUGUAGCUAACUAACAGCCCUUACCCAGGGCCAGCAAGCAGUGCUGUUUUCUCUUCCAUUUCUAACUGCACAUUCUUCCCUGUUAAUCUGUGCAAUCAGAAUCUGCUGCAAACAGUGCCCAAGGUCCUGUGCCAUAGGACAGUUGUACCCCAAAUCACGUGCUGUGCUGGGGACUGACCUGUAUUCUUAAAGAGGUUCCAGUGUCUCCCAGUUACAGAGAUCUUAGCUUACUGAUGACUGACACACAGCUUUCAGGACUCAUAACAGGCAUCCUUUAGCAAGAGAGCCAGCAACUCCUGUUACAGCUGUACUGCCACAUGUGCUCAGAAGCAGGGAACGUGGCCUGUUUCUUUGUCAGCAGGCACAUGGCUGAAUAUCUAUCAUUAGCUUUUUGUAAAAGUAGCUCCUUCCUCAACUGAAUCUGACUUGCCAUUUCGUACCACCUUUUGCUGUAACCACAAAGACUGUCUGAGAGAAUUGCCAAAAGCAUUGCAAACAUUUGCCUUCAGAGCUGUUACCUGUAGUAACCCUACUUUGGUCACAUUUAUAUCCAUAGCAAUUUUCUUACAUCCACUCUAGUUUGGCACAGCAGCAGCACGGGGCCUCCUAACAGAGACACACAGAACUUUAAGCACUGUAUGUCAAUCUUGAUUUAUACAUUCUUACAUUUAACCUCAUCCAAGCCUCCAGUACUGAAUUUCAGAAGCAGGGGAGAGAUGCUAUAACCACAAGUGCUCACAGGGUUACUGCAACAAGCUUUGUCAUUGUCUGUGAUCUUCUAUAAACAUGGUUUUAUGGGAAUCUGUCUGCACAGCUGCAAUGCUGAAUAAAUACUGUGCUGCAGCA